AUGGCUGGUCCAGAGCAGCAGUCGAUCUCACUGCUUGAAAGAGUCGCGUUGCCGUUGCACAUCGAAACGUUUUUCUAUGCGUUAUAUGUGUUACUGAUCACGUACCUCCUUAUCCGUCCGUGGGCCGCUCGCAGGACCGUAGCGCUCCCAUUGGUCAUAGUCAUCUCGACCUCGAUCAUGUUCGUCAUCUUCUCGCUUUAUUGGGCACUGGAUGUCUAUCUCCUAUCGGCAAAGUUCCGCUAUCUGCGUACGUUUCCGCUAGUGGAUGCCCCCGACAUCAGGAUACAGCAAGGAACCUGGAGGGGAGUGCCCACAACACGCGGUCUUCCACCGGAAGCUUUCCCUCUGCUCUAUGUACAAUGGAUUUCUCAACUUGCACUGCUAGUAUUGGGCGACUACGUGUCCCUUUGGCGAGCAUAUGUAGUCUUUGAGAAGCCUAGGUGGCUUUAUGCAUCCUUCGUGAGCACCGCUGCGAUCGAGAGCGCCAUCUUCGUUCUGCUAUUCAUCACUACAUCACCGGCAUACUUCCCCACCUCACCGGCAUUUGCCCGUGUAUCGGACAAGGCAAGGGUACCCUUGACGUUCAUCGGUUACUCUACCACUGGUGCGGCGCAGUUGACUUCCACGUCAUUAAUUGCCUACAAGGCUUGGAAACACUGGAAAGAUGUUCGGACGAUCAUAAAGUCUCGAGGCGUCGCUGCAAUGACUGUCGCGGCAGAAUCUGGGAUUGUCUACUUCGCUCUAUUGGCCCAGUAUGGAUUCACGAGCUUCUUCGGCCCCAAGAACGGCAAUUGGAGUGUGGCGGUCUUGAGUAGCUUUUACAGCGUCCCACUAAUCGCUAUGUAUCCGACGUUGCUCGUCGUCCUCGUGGCUUCCAGGCGUACCGUUUUAGAGGAGGCGUCUGUGGGCUCUUUGCAUUUUGCAUCGAAUGAACGCGAGAGCACAAGUCACGCAGUCAGCGACGUCGCCCAUCCAGUACUCUCACCCGCUCGCAUAAGCUCUGACGAGGCCGAGUCCGAUGUGGAGAGGGGAUCAUACACCGCCGCGUAUGAUGCCAUUGCAGAGCCCGGCGACGCCGAGUUAGCACGGGCAGAAAAGGGACUGACUUCCCGCCCUCCUCCAUCACACUCGAGAUAA